AUGGUAGCAAAUAUGGCCGAUUGGCGCAAAGACUCACGCAACACUUCUUUUGAUGGUGUGCAACAACAACAACAACAACAACAACAACAACAACAACAACAACAACAACAACAGCAGCAACAGCAGCAGCAGCAGCAGCAGCAGCAGCAGCAGCAGCAGCAGCAGCAGCAGCAGCAGCAGCAGCAGCAGCAGCAGCAGCAGCAGCAGCAGCAGCAGCAGCAGCAGCAGCAGCAGCAGCAGCAGCAGCAGCAGCAGCAGCAGCAGCAGCAGCAGCAGCAGCAGCAGCAGCAGCAGCAGCAGCAGCAGCAGCAGCAGCAGCAGCAGCAGCAGCAGCAGCAGCAGCAGCAGCAGCAGCAGCAGCAGCAGCAGCAGCAGCAGCAGCAGCAGCAGCAGCAGCAGCAGCAGCAGCAG